CUACUGGCCAUGCCGGAUGCUUCUGUCCUGUCUCUUGAGGAAGACCCGCCCAUGAGACACCAUGUCCCCGGACACCAGUGAUGCCGGACAAGAAACCGCGUCCCACCAUGAAGCCGGAGGACCGACCAACAAUGACCGCAGUAGCCCUGACCGUGACAUGCAGCAAAGCUCCACGACAGCUAGCCAGACUAGGUGUUCCAUCUGCCAGAGUACCUUCCGACGACCAGAGCACUUGAAGCGCCACUUCCGGAGCCAUACCAAAGAGAAGCCGUUCGAAUGCGCGCAAUGCGGCCGACACUUUUCUAGAACGGAUACUCUCCACCGCCACGAACUCAGCCAUCACAAUGGGGGAAUGGAAGGGGGGAAGGAUCGCACGCAUCGGAUCACCGUAAAAACAUUUCGCGCUUGCUACAAAUGUGCCAUAGCAAGAGUACGCUGCAGUGGGGGCUCCCCUUGCUCGCGUUGCGAGAAUCGCUCCCUCGAAUGUCAAUACCCCACGGAGAGACGUUCGAAGGCAAAGGCUCGAAAGGAGUCUCAGACCUCCUUUUCCAAUGACGGCGCAGAAUUCGAGCAGUCUUCUCGACCGGCACAAUUCACAUGGGCUGAUGACUCGGGGGUACACCAGUCGCGGCGUGGAGACGCAUCGAUGCCACCGCCCCUUCCCUACCAAAUGUCUCAGUUCCAGCUUCAUUUGCCCGAUUCCAGUAUUUCCAGCGCAUCCUCUUCCAAUGUCCCAGUUAACACUGAUCAUGCCGAGCCUGUAAAGACGCUUCCAGACGAUGCCAACAAUAACCGACGUGCUUCAGUGGCACAGAUUUCUGCUCCAUUAUUUCGUUCGAAUGCUAACGGGGAGGCCAAGGCAUUGCGUGUCUCUUCACCCCAAAGCACUGGUGGAGGGCCGCAACGAUUAUAUACAUCAACGGGUAGGAUGGCAGAUUCCGUAUCUCGAAGCAAGAAUCUUCGUUCCGAUCCCGACGAAGCAAUGCCAUCCAUGGAAAACCUGCAAGCACAGAUGCAGACAACACAGCCCGUACUCAACCAGUCAACGAGCUCUACAAUUAAUUGGACCCCCCAGGAUCUCCUCAGUACAUCCGACGAUCGAAGAUUCUCAAUCAACCCAUCCUCAGGCCCUUCGGGCCCAGUGAACUCUCUGGGUCACGCGGCAUGGUUCCCAUCUAGAGUUGAGGCUGUUGGCAAUAGCCCGUUACUGUCAGAGAACAUAUCCCAAACACCAUCCGGGAAUACAUCUUUAGGUGGCAACUCUGAGAGUCCAAGUCACGGUUUGCAGCUGAAUUUGAACAACUCCGCCAGACGUCCAGCCGAUCACUACACUGAAGGAGCUAUUACAAGAUUUCUGAACCCGAGGCGGGAGCAAGAUAUGUCGUCUGGAAUUUCAGGGGUGCCUGUCGGCGCUUCCAUGCAAAUGCUGAGUGGAAAUGAGCAACCUCACUUUUCGUUCCCUCUUAUUCACGAGGCAAAGUUUCAUUUCAUGGUUGAGAGCCAAACAGACGUCUACCGACUUGAGCCAUCCAUGUAUGACAAGAUACAUAAGGCAUUUAUGCAGUUGUGCAGCACAGAGAACCUUCUCUACCCCAUAUUCGAUUCGGGAUAUUUUCCUAAUGCAAACACACUUUCGAGCUUCAUUCAUCUUUACUUCGACCAUUUUCAGCCCGUAUACCCCAUAUUCCACGUCCCUACGUUCGAUCCCAACAAACAACACUGGCUAGUUGUGCUGGCAUUAUCUGCAAUUGGGGUUCAGUUUGCUGAGAUUCAAGAGCGAAACGAGUAUGCGUCAGCAUUCAAUGAAUUUCUCAGACGAGCCAUAAAUGUUGAGAAGGAGAAGUCCUGUGUGGGCGGAUAUCCCGUCUGCUUUCUUCAGGCAAUGGCACUCAACUGCAUCGGAUCACUGUAUAACAGUGACGAACGAGUUAGAGCUUCGACGCUGGACAACUUCGGAAACCUUGUUGGCCUUGUUCGCCGCGAAAAUCUGCUUGGCCGAUCGGACAAUUUGACGCUCCUGUCAAGUAUAACCGCGCAAGAGCCGCAGUGGGACUUGUGGGUUGAGAACGAGAUCAAGAGACGUUCGGGUUACAUCAUAUGGCUGUUAGACUGUACAAUAGCGUAUCACUUUGACACGCAUCCAUUACUCUGCCUUGAUGAUGGACAAGCAGUGCUGCCGUCCCAUGAGGCCCUCUGGCAAGCAGAAUCGGCUGAAAUCUGGAAACAGCGUCUGAAGCGAUUUCCCGGACACGAGGACCUUUCCCUCUAUGACGCUGUACUUGUCAUAUACAUCGAAAAGAAGCUCGUGCCGGACAUUGGGGAAUUCAGUCAGAUUCUGCUCAUACAUGCCCUAUACCACCGCAUGUGGGAAGUGGGCAAUUACUUCCGUCGUCCGUUGUCGUUCUGGGUCCCAACGUCGAAGAAACAAUCGCGGAAUGUCGCGAUCCCUUCUGGAUCUGUCUGGCUUCCCGGGAUCCCCUCGUAUUCCAAGUGGCGCAACAGUGCGUGUGACUGCCUAGAUAUACUCCACUGGGCCGCCAACGGUCCUGGCCUUGAGCAUCCCCCCAUGCUACAUCUCCACUCCGCCCGCAUAAUCCUCCUUGCUCCAUUCAGCGAGAUCCGGUCAUUAGCGACUUCAUUGACCAUGGAAAAGGCCCGGUGGGGCGAGCGCCAGCAGACCCUGGAGUGGCAUUAUAUCCUCCGCUGGGUCAGACAUGACCAGUAUAAGGCCCGUCUAGCAGUUCUACAUGCAGGUGCAACCCUCUGGCAUAUCCGCGAAUGUUCAAGUCGUGCCUUUCACGAACCGAUGGCUCUCUUCCUUGCGACACUAACCCUAUGGGCGUAUGCUGCUGCAGUCUCUCCCCCUAUGCCCGAUGCAGACAUUUCUGAAGCCAAAGGACCCAUGCUGAUCCACCUCGACAGGCCCUGUGAGGAUGAGCUAGUGCAGCUUUUCGUCCGAGCCGGUUUCGAGAUGAAAGGGAUUCUGACUGGUGUGGGGGAUUUCUGCGCUCCGCAAGGCCCGGUGAUGAUCCUGCGCGCUGGUUGCAGGACACUAUCGCAUCUCAACUCGUGGGGGAUAUCCAGGCGAUUCAUGGCGGUCUUGACAAAGCUUGCGGACCUUGUGUCUCAACCAUGAUUCAUGGAAGGCUGUGGUGGACUGUAAACUAGGUGUAUCAACUCUGGCUGUACAUAUUGUAAAUGAGAGAUGAGCGAUUAAGCUGACCACUGAACGUAAC